CCUCCUCCUGGCUGGGGACACCCUAACCCUUUCCCCAGGCACAGGGGAGGCUGCAGAAUAGAGAGAUAUGUUUAAAAAAAACCCCAAAGAAACAUAAAAGGCCCGGUUGGUGCCAUUUCCUGGGACCGGACGCGCGUUGGUCACGAGGUGAGAAGGUGUCUGAGGCUGGUGUCGCUCUCGGGACAUGCCAACGACCUCCAGAGCCACCAUGGCUGGGGAAAUGGGUCAUGCCGAUCUAAGAAAUCCUGGGAAUGAGCCUUCUCCGGCUGAGAAAUGUCCUGCUUAAUUGUGGCCUCUUCCAACUCCUGCCCCAUGCCUGUGGUGGCACAGAGUCCUCCUCACAGCCGGGGCGCUGGGGCACCUCGUCCUGCUGGUGCUGGUGGUGCUCCAAAAUGUGAGUGUUUUUCAGGGAUCUCCAGGUCCUGAAAGUGACACCAGAGUUGAGAGCCAGGCCAGGAACCAGACGGAGCAAUGCAUCUUCCCAUCCCUGGUGCAGUACUUCUGCCAGCCCCAGGGGCAGAGCCCCCCAGCCCCUGCUGGCUGCAAGCUGUGCCCCCAGGACUGGCAGCUCCGUGGGGAGAGAUGCUACUGGCUCUCCAAGGAAUCGGGGAACUGGACUCGGGGCAGGAAAAGCUGCAAAGAUCAGGGCUCCGAGCUGGUGGUGCUCAAGAACGAGACAGAAAUGGAGAACGUCAAGAGUGUCACAAGUAGGAUCUCGUGGUCGGUGUGGGUCGGGUUGAGGUCGCGGCAGAAGGAGUGGACGUGGGUGGACAACACCCCCUACGACCCCCACAGGUUUGGGGUCCUGCAGGAGCCGGACAAAGGGUUCUGUGGGACCCUGAAAGGCAAGAACUUGGAGGUUGAUGGCUGUGCCAGUGACCACACGUGGGUUUGCCAAAAAGCCCCUUUCCAGCUCUCCUCGCCCAUGGUUGGGAAGCUGGAUGAUGCCUCCACCUGACACACUCGGGCACGGACCUCGUGUGGUACAAAAAAAAAAUUUAUUACAAUUUUUUCAUGGUUUAUCCACCUCAUUACAUCAGCAGUAAAUUCCUGUUAGUGACUUUUCUCUAUAUCUACUUUUUAGUUAAACAUUCUCUGCACAGGAGAAAAAUACUCCCAAGCAAUUUCACACACACACGGAUUUAUCACCACAUCUGCAUUUAUCUUGCAAGUUCCCCUUAAGUUUC